AUGUUCCUGAAUGACCGGUCGCUUGAUUUCCAUGCAUUAUGUGCACUAUAUGCUAUCACUGAUGUUGCUCUGGUUACAUCUUUAAGGGAUGGAAUGAAUCCCGUGAGCUAUGAGUUUGUGGCCUGCCGAGCCUCAAAGAAAGGGGUGCUCAUCCUAAGCGAGUUUGCAGGUGCUGCGCAGUCCCUUGGUGCUGAAGCGAUUUUGGUGAACCCUUGGAACGUCACGGAAGUUGCUGCAUCAAUUGGUUAUGCUUUGAAUAUGCCCGCUGAUGAAAGAGAAAAACGGCAUCACCAUAAUUUCAUGCACGUGAAUACUCACACAUCCCAAGAAUGGGCUGAAACUUUCAUUAGUGAACUCAAUGAUACAAUUGUUGAAGCUCAGCUGAGGACUAGACAAAUUCGUCCUUUACUUCCUAAAAGAGAAGCUACUGAGUGUUUUUUGAAGUCAAACAAUCGAUUACUCAUUCUGCAUCUAUUGACAGGCCCAAUAUCAAAUGCUUCUGUAGAUGUGGUCCAAGGUGGGCGAUCUGUUGAGGUCCGAGCAGUUAGUGUUACCAAGGCAAGUAUUCUGGGAGCAGCAAUUGACAGAAUCCUUGGGGAAAUAGUUCACCACAAUGAUGUGAAAGCACCCAUUGAUCAUGUCUUGUGCAUUGGACAUUUUGUGCCAAAGGCAUGUGAUCAUAUUUUUCCAACUCUGUAG